AUGGGGAGCGCCGAGUUCGAAGACUUGGCCGAGAGCAACUCGCUCGUGGAGGACGAGAUCAGCACCUUGAUGCGAGUGCCAGAGCGCAUCUGCCGAAGCAUCGAGUACAGCAAGAUCGCCCGCGACAAGGACACUGUGGCCAGGGAUUGGGAGGGCUAUCUGGACAAGCUCUACACGUUGCUGGUGGCCUACGCCCUGGCCGGCACGGGCCGGGUGGGGGUCCUAUCAAGGCCGUGGCCAAAGAUCUUCAGUGUGGCAGAGCUCUACAUCAAGGCGCAGGGCACCGAGAUCCAGCGCCUCGAGGCGGAGCUGGCCAGUGCGGACGCCGAGAUCAAGGCGGCGAGCGAGCAGAAGGCUGCCACCGUGGUGAACGACACGGAGGUGAGAAAGCUCAUCGUGGAGGGCCUUUCCAAGAAAUACGGCUCGGCCCAGAACUUCGGGUCGGUGGACCGUGCCAAGGAGGUGAAGUGCGGAGCAGAUCUCGAGAGGAUGGAGCGGAUGCAUCAUCUCAGCGAGGAGUUCCACCGUGAUGACGACCUCUUCCUCGACUACUUUGAUGUGGCGGUGGACAUUUUCCAGACGCAGGUAGCGGAGUAUGCUCAGUCCGAGGUGGUGGUUCCUCAUGGCGCGGUGCUCCAAGUGUGCCUGGAGCUUCUGAACAGCACGCUGCGGGAUGAGUCCAGUGAUUGCGACGAGCUCUGCACCCAGUUCGAGAUGCAGGUGCGCAAGGUGUCGCAGCCGGGGCUCAGCACGCGCGAGGUGAACUUGGAAUCAGCGCGCGUGAAGCGUGAGCGCACCUGGCUGGCGCUGUCCACCAAGCAGUCGAAGCUCUUGGACUGCAUGGUGCACCGCACCGCGCUGAACCAGCUGAAGGCUCACCUGGACGGCUUGGACAACCGGGUCCUGGCGCUGUGGAAGGUGGAGAAGCAGUCCAAGAGGAGAGUCUUCCGGGCCGCCCGGCUGCUGCGAAGCCUGCGGGAUGAGCUCGCGGAGCAGCACAAGCGCUUGGACAAGCUGCUGCUGGCGCUGCAGAGCUCCGGCGCAGAGGUGUCGAAGAAGGAUGUGAGCCCAGAUCUUCGGGAAACCACCGACUCCGCGCUUGCCUCCAGCAUUGCAGCUUUGCGCUCCAAGGAGGCCCACGUGAAGCAGCUGGUGGCCAAAGUGACGUUUGCCAACGAGCUGCAGGCCAAAGUGAUCCUUCUGCUUCUGCAGAUGCAAAAUCUCUUCGACUCCUCGGUUCGCGAGCCCAUCAAAGACGUGGGCGUCACGCCGCAAUCGAGCUUCGGUGCCUCACCCCUGGGGAAGUUCCCCCGGCUCCACGUGGAGGGAGUUGCCAACGCUCUCAAGGGCCUGCAAGGCUUCUGCGAAGAGGAGAAGCGGAAGGGGAGCGAAGAGGACAACCGCCAGGCGCUGUGCAGCCUGACCAGCGUGGACCGCGCACUGCAGGAGACAGAGAACGUGGUGAACCGCACGCAAAGCGUGGUGCGGUACCGGCUCAUGCAGGUCCAAGAGAUGCUGAAGGAAGUGCCUCAGGGCCCUUCGCAGGAGCCCUUCGGCCUUGCGCAGACUUUGGAGACCUUUGGCACCAUCCACCUGGUCAAGAACUAUCUCUCGAAGUGGCAAGUUGCCGGGGAGCUCCAGACGAUUGUCGCCAACAUGCGCGGCUCCGAAUCGCAGCUAAAGGAGGAGAUUGUGCAGGAGGCGCGAGAGCUCAGCUUGCUAAAGGAGCAGCUGCUCAGCAGCCAGGUGAAGAGGUCGGAAUUGAUUGCUCGCCUGGAAGAGGCAAUUCAAAGCCAGUCCGAGAAGACGGUGGCGGUCGGUGACCUGCUGCAGGAGCUGCAAGCAGUGAAGCGGCAGGAGGGCACGCUGCAGGCCAAGCUGGAGUCCCUGCAGGCCCAGGAGGCCGAAAGCGCGCAGGACCCCUCCCUCGCCGGAGCGAAGGACCCGGACGCCUUUCUCCAGGCCACUGAGGGUCACUGGCGGCUGGGAAGACCCAGCCGCCCCAGUGGGAUGUGGCGCCAAUGUUGCGCCCAGCUGCUGUUGGCGCUGCUGGCGGGGACGAUUCUCUUCGCUGCCACAGGCCCAGAAGGCGCGCCCGGGGGCUCCCACUUCGCGCUGCUGGCGCUGUACCUCAGCGCCUCUUGGGGCGCCAAGCUGACAGCGCCCAUGAAGAAGUGGCCGCCUUUGCUGACCAUGCUGCUGGCUGGUUUCGGUUUGCGGAACCUGCCCUUUCUGGGUGAGCACGUGGGCAGCAAGGUGGAUCCUGAGGUGUCUUCCGCGCUGAGGCAGGCUGCGCUGGCCUUGAUCCUCACGCGCGCGGGUUUGGCCAUGGAUUUGGUAGCGCUCAGGCGCUUGCUCUGGGUGGCAUUGCGCCUGGCAGCUUUGCCGUGCCUUUGCGAGGCCCUGGUGGCAGCAGCGCUGGCCCACCUCCUGCUGGAGUUCCCGGCGAUUUGGGCGCUGAUGUUGGGCUUUGUGGUGGCAGCCAUCUCCCCGGCGGUGGUGGUGCCAUCGCUGCUGGCCCUGCAGGAGCAAGGCUACGGCGUGAGCACGGGCAUUCCCACCAUGGUGGUGGCAGCGGCCCCCCUGGACGAUGUCUUGGCCAUUGCAGGUUUCGGGAUCUGCCUGGGCUCCGCCUUCGAGAGCUCUUGGCUCAGCUACGCGCGGGCGCCCUUGGAGCUCGUGCUAGGCCUCGGCUCCGGCCUGUUGGGCGCCGCGCUGGUGGUGCUUCUGACGCCCGAGGCAGCGGAGAAGGCCGAGGCAACGGAGACCCGGCUGCUGUUGCUGCUGGGGGGCGCCUUGGCUGCCGCCUUCGGCUUGCGCGAGGCGGGCUUCUCGGGCGCGGCGGCACUGGCGGUCUUGGUGCUGGGCGCCGGGUGUGCAAGAGGCUGGGGCCCGGCGGCCAAACCGGUGGCCGCUGUCGUCGCCAAGCUGUGGACCAGUGUGGCGCAGCCACUGCUCUUCAGCCUGGUGGGGGCUUCCGUGGUAGCGGAGGCCUUGGACUCGCAGACGCUGGGCAGCGGCCUGGCGAUCAUCGCCGCCGCGGGCGCGGCUCGCGCGGCUGCGGUGCAGCUGGCGCUCAGCGGCCGCGGCCUGCGGCGGGAGGAGAAGCUCUUCACCGCAGCGGCCUGGAUGCCCAAGGCCACAGUGCAGGCCGCCAUCGGCGGCCUGGCGCUGGACCGCGUCGAGGCCGCGCGCGGCGGCGGGGAACUCGGCGGCGGCGCGCGGGAGCUGCAGAUGGCCAAGCAGCUGCUGGCCGUGGCAGUGCUGUGUAUCCUGGUGACAGCGCCCCCGGGAGCCGCGCUCAUCGCGCUGCUAGGGCCCAGGCUGCUGGACAAGGAGCCCAACGAAGCAACGGAAGGCUCAGGAGAGAAGGCCUUGGACGAGAAGACGCUGGAGUUGGAGGACGCCGUGCCUUCAGAGAAUGCAGGUCAGGCCUGA